AAGCACAUCUGUUAAAUAACUUGCCAAAACUCCCCAACCAAAUUGGUGAGAGAUCCAGAAGAAGGAUCAGAAUGUUCUUUUGACCCAUUUAAUGCAACAAGGAUUGAAUACUAUACUUCCUCUGUGCACUAGAACCUAAGCUCCACAGGGCAGAGAUUUUUGUCUUAGGAACUGACAUAUAUCCAGCAUCUAGAAUAAGAGUGUGACUCAUUGCAGGAACUCAAAAUAUUUGCUUAAUGAAUAAAUAAUGUAUCUGCUACACUGCUGGGCAUUGCAGGGGAAAUCUGAAAGAUGACAUGGUAGGACUGAUCAUUUCCUUAAGAAGCGGACACAACACAGUUAAGUUAAACAAUGGUUCCAAAGUAAUAACGGACCUUACAAAGAAGAGUGGAACGAACGACAGAAUAGGGAAUGAGACCAGCUCAGGCGACUACGCCUCAUGCCCUUGGUCUCUCUCCUUUGGCAUGGAGGAUCACCAGGUACAGUGCCAAGUCACGGCUCCUUAGAGAGAGUGCCCAAAGAACACUCAGCUGAUGAAGGAAGGCGUCCCCCACUAAGCAUAGUUCCGAUGGUGACCAAAGAAGGUGGAAUGUCCCUAAGAAUGCUCAUCGUUAUAUCCUAGCAACGUGUAUUUACCAAUAAAACUCAGUUUUCUAUAUACAUUUUACUCGUGCCUCAUAACAACAUCGCCAGGUAGGGAUGUGAUGUGACCCUUUAUGGAGGUGAAAAGAGGUUGGCUAGUGCCCACAGCAGAAGGGUUGGAAGCAGGAUCUGACCUAGAUUCAUCUGGUGGUGAGGUCCAUAAUCUUUCCGCUUAGAUCACAUUCUGUGUAACAGGCUUUGGUAUCCACACGGCUCCUCCUGUUUUCUGGGCAACUUGGUGCGUUCCAAUAAAUAGAAACAUCUCUCAAACACCUGCCAUUUGACUUUGAAUUCUGGGAGAAAGAAUUUAAAUUAGCAAUCAGCAAGGACGGGCAUAUUCGAUAUAGGGGUAUCAGGGUUGCAAGGGCUACCAGGUUCACACCAACUUGAUUACGCAUCUCUCUUGGUCAUGUCCCAGGGCAGCGCUGAAGGAAGGAAGAGGACUUUACUGACCGGGCGUGGUGACCCAAUAAAGUAAUCCUGACUUAUUUUAAUGAAAACUUGUUUCUGACAAAGGCGGCUUGAAGGUUUGCUGCUGUUGUUCCUUAUGUUAGUUUGGAAUACUGACCAGUUCAUGUAGACUAAUACAAGGAGUUCCCUUGUGGCACAUGGGUUAAGGAGCCAACGUUGUCACUGUUGUGGCUUGUGUCGCUGCUGUGUUUUGGGUUCGAUCCCUGGCCCAGGAACUUCCACAUGCUGAGGGUGUGGCCAAAAAAAAAAGGGGGGGGAAUAUGAGUCGAACAUGCCAUGGCUAAUCCUGACCCACAAUAACGGAUGUAUUCUAAUUUUCAGUGGAUGUAGAAGAGGACUUGGAACAGCUAGAAAGGCUCCUGGUGCCAUCAGUAAACCUCUUAACAUAAAGAGAUAGUACUCUCUCCGUGAAAUCAGUCUGGAGGGAGAGCAAAUGAAUUGGACUUAGCAGCUGCCAAAGCAUCUCACCUACAGUAAACCUGACUGGUAAUGGCAUUUGCAUUAAGAAGUUGUGAGUCAUAAAUAUCCAUCUAUUUAAUAUUUGCUUAUGUCAGAAACUGUUACAUGAAAGUCAUUUAUUAAGCUUACAUACGUCAAAAGGAGGCUAGUUACAAAAAGCAAAAGAGAUUGUCACUCUCCUGUGACUUCAUUUACCACUUUAGAUUUUUCUGAUUUAAAGGUAAUACAUCAUUUCCUAGUCACCCACAAUUGCCUCUCGACAUGUGUGAACGGAAAGAGCCCUUCAUUAUGGGGAAGGGGUGCAGCCCGGGACUACUGAAAACCUGACCUUAUGGCACAGCCCGCCUCCAAAGGCGAGUCUUGGACGUUGGGCGCCAGCCUCAGCGAGGAAAGGCGUAGGUCCUUGUACCCGCCGGCAGUGGCCAACCCCUUCCUGCAGCAGACGCACAUCAGCGCGGGGCGCUGGGCCACCAUCAUCCUCCUGGGGAGUGUCCUGGUGCCCUUGCGGGUGUCCUGCAUGGCGCUCCUCUUCAUCUUCCUCUGGCCCCUGGCUCUGCUUCCCACCCUCGGCCGCCGAGCUGGAGCCAACACGCCCGCCAGGAGCUGCGGAAGGAGACUGGCGCGACUCAUCCUCAAGCUCUUGCUGAAGGCGCUGUUUUUUGUAGCCGGGUUCCGGGUUACAGUGAAAGGGGAGAAGGCCCCCCGGCAGGAGGCGCGCAUCCUCGUGGCCGCGCCGCACUCCAGUUUCUUCGACGCGAUCGUGUGCGUCGUGGCGGGCUUGCCUUCGGUGGUCUCUGCGAGUCAGAACGCGCGCAUCCCCGUGGCCGGGAAGUUCUUACUGUUAAUGCAGCCGGUGCUGGUGAGCCGAGACGACCCCGAGUCCAGGAGGCUCACCCGGGAGGAAAUCCUGAAGCGAGUGACCUCUGAUGGGAAGUGGCCACAGAUCCUAAUUUUCCCCGAAGGCGUGUGUACCAACCGCACCUGUCUGGUCACUUUCAAACUGGGCGCCUUCUCGCCCGGCGUUCCUGUGCAGCCGGUUCUGCUCAGGUAUCCGAACACGCUGGACACAGUGACCUGGACCUGGCAGGGGUUUACCGGCUUCCAGGCCUGUGUGUUGACCCUGAGUCAGCUCUUCACCAGGGUGGAGGUUGAGUUUAUGCCUGUGUACAUCCCCAGUGACCGAGAAAGAAGAGACCCCGUCCUUUUUGCCAAUUCGGUGAGGGUCAUCAUGGCCAAUGCGCUUGGGGUGCCCGUGACGGAUCACACGUAUGAGGACUGCAGGCUGAUGGUUUCCGCAGGUAACCUUCGACUCCCCAUGGAAGCCGGUUUGGUGGAAUUUACAAAAAUUAGCCAGAAGCUGAAGUUAGAUUGGGAUCAUAUUCAUCAGCAUCUGGAUGAAUAUGCUGCGAUGGCGGCUGCCUCAAGAGGAGGGAAGAUAGGCAUUAAAGAGUUUGCAGAUUAUCUGAAACUCCCAGUUUCGGAGCCCUUGAGACAACUUUUUGCCCUCUUUGACAGGAAUAACGACGGCAGCAUAGACUUCAGAGAGUAUGUGAUCGGGCUGAGUGUGCUGUGCAAUCCUGCCCGCACUGAAAGGAUUCUGCAGAUGUCCUUUAGGCUCUUCGAUCUUGAUGAUGACGGGUUCAUCACGGAACAGGAGCUGGCGGCUCUACUUCGCGCAGCUUUCGGAGUGCCCGACCUUGAUGUUUCUCAGCUCUUUCGGGAGAUGGCUGGGCAGAACUCAGAGUACGUUUCUUACAUGACCUUUAAGAACUUUGCCCUGAAGCACCCCGAAUAUGCCAAGUUGUUUAGUUCGUACUUAGACCUCCAGGCAGCCUAUGUAUAUUCAUUACCAGAGGAAGUCGCUGCUUGAUGGCUGUACUCAGGAUGUUAAAAUCAGCCCUGAACAUGGGGAGAGCAACUUCCAGGUCAAAGCUGGGAUUGAAAUAAAAAAUGAUCCUGAGGAAACCAGGAUAACAGUUUUGACUCUACGUGGCCUGGGCACUUCAUGUAUUUAAAACGUGCUUAAGGAAUACAUACUUCAAUGAGAUUUUAUUCUGAUUUUCUUCCCAAGAAAGUAUGUUUAUUUCAACGUGACCUAGAGAUAGACAAAUUUGAGGUCUACAUAUAAUCUUGUUCACCUAGCAUGAGUGCCUUUAUUCUGCUUCAAGUGAGAAAGUAAAUAAGUGAAAUAAAGUGCCUUAUUUUGCUAAAGUCAGGCCAGAGAAACGUGAUAGCCCAUCACCUCUCCCUCAUUUUUGCAGAGAAAAUGUCUCAUUAAGAGCUCUAUGGGGGAGCUCCCUGGUGGCUCAGCAGGUUAAGGACCUGGCAUUAUCACAGCUGUGGUUUGGGUUGGUGCUGUGGGGGGCAGUUUCGAUCCCUGGCCCAGGAACUUCUGCAUGCCAUGGAUGGGACCAAAAAAAAAAAAAAAGGCUCUAUUGGCAAUAAAUACUUUAUCAUUAUUCUUCUCUCUGAAAAGGAUCUGCUGCAUAAAUGCGUCUUUGCUUUUUCUCAAAGUAGCCUAAAUGUUCUUACUUUAUAAGACAAAAUAAAAAUAAACAUCAGGAAGAUGUAGUAUUAGAAAUACCAUUGAAACAGUUAUAGAUGGCUUAGCUGAUAAAUUCUGUUAUGUAUGAUGCUCACCAAAGGGGGAAAAUUUGUAUUUACAGUUGCAUGUUCU